GAGCCGCCGGCAGGAGCCUGGAGAGCCGCGGCCGCCUGACUGUGGCAGAUGACAGCGGCCCCAGCCCGGCUGCAGCACCCCUGUCGCGGGCAGCUGGCCCCGGGGAUGGGCUGGCAGCAGGUGGCAGCCAGGAAUAUUUGACCCUGGCCUCCAGAGGCACCCGGUCCCCUGCAGGCGCACACGCACACAUGCCCCAGCCGAGGACCGGCUGCCCGGAGAGGGGCAGGGGCUUCGCCUGAGCAGGGACGGCAGCCUGGGCUCCUGGAGUGGCCUCCCGUGCCAGCUUCCCCUCCCCCUGGACAGUGACCAGCCUUGGGCACAGGCAGCGCUGGGCAGAUCGGGUCGAUGCAGGCCAAACGAUGACCAGUUGUGGGCAGCGGUCCUGGAACGCGCUCGCCCUGCUCUUCGCGCUGCUCUUCUCAGCAGGCCUGUCCGCGCAUUUCCGGGUGUGUGAGCCCUACACAGAUCACAAAGGCCGCUACCACUUCGGCUUCCACUGCCCCCGGCUCUCGGACAACAAAACCUUCAUCCUGUGCUGCCACCACAACAGCUCGGUCUUCAAGUACUGCUGCAACGAGACGGAGUUCCAGGCGGUCAUGCAGGCCAACCUCACGGCCGGCUCUGAGGGCUACGUGCACAACAACUACACCGCCCUGCUGGGAGUGUGGAUCUACGGCUUCUUCGUGCUCAUGCUGCUGGUCCUGGACCUCCUGUAUUACUCGGCCAUGAACUACGACAUCUGCAAGGCGUCCCUGGCACGCUGGGGCAUCCAAGGACGCUGGAUGAAGCAGGACACACGGCGGUGGGGGGACCCUGCCCGGGCGCCACGGCCAGGGCAGCCGGCCCCGCAGCCCCAGCCUCCCCCAGGGCCCCUGCCUCAAGCGCCGGCGCCCCAGGCCGUGCACACACUGCGGGGAGAUGCCCACAGCCCGCCGCUGAUGUCCUUCCAGAGUUCGUCCGCCUGAAAACCCCUUUGCCGUGCCUCAGGAUGGGGGAGGCGGAUGGGAAGCCCCGGGCGCAGCCUCCACGGACAACUUCGACAGGGACACCAGAGAGAGCCGCGGCGGCGGCAACGGCAACGGUGGCAGAGGAGGAAACGCCACCUGUGCCCAGAACCCUCUUCUGUGGUCUUCUAAGAUUCAGAGUAAACUCAGGGGUGGGGACCGGGGGUGCCAGGAGGUUCUGAGCCUCCUGUCUGCAAGCAAUAGUUCUCUUUGGGGCUGGUGACUUCUGAGAGGUGACUGGUGGAUUCAGAUGAACGACACAAAGCUGUCCUGGCUGAUUCCAGCCGGAGGGGUCUAGACCUUCACGUCCCACCCGUGGUCCAAACCCCGAAGCUUCCCCGGCCCCACUUUUCCAACAGUGCCCCUCGGGCCUUUUUGUCCAAGGACCGAGUGUGAGUGCGUGUGCGUGCGUGAUUUGGGGUGUCCUUCUGUUUGUCAGUUUUUAUUGGAGUUCCCCUGGAAGUUCUCUGGGUGCAGGUCACCACGUGGCUGGGGAUUGCUGCCUGCGUCCUCUCUUGUUGCGGCUGCAGCCCCGAGCCAGAUGGGGGUGGCUGGGCACAGGGCCCAAGGUACAGCCUUGCUGUGGCUUGGGUGGCACUGGGGACUUGACCACCAGAAAGGGUUGCUUCUUAUGGAGCUUGUUCCUGGGAAGUAAUAGUAAAGGAUGUGUCUUGGGCAGGCACAGGGCAGCCGCCAGGUUAGGUGCUUUUAUGCACACUCUGUCCCAGCCCCCGGGAGGCGGAUGUGACUGAUCCCUUCAGAAGCAGCUCACGGUGGGGACAGAUGCCCAGGUCCUGUGGCCAGGGGAGGCCAUGCUCAGUGUGGCUUCAGGGUCCUCUGGCUUGGGAGGCCAGCCUCAGUGUGGCUUCAGAAGUGCAGUACGCAAAGUCCAGGCCAUAAAUCCCCAGAUACAAGUCACUCUGCAGCCCAGGGGCUCCCUACAACACCAAGGGCAUCUCCAGAGCCUUCCCAGCAGGGAGCUGUCACCCCAGAUCCCUCAGCACACUCCAGGGCCCGUCCACCCACACAAGCUGUCUGAGUAGCGCCGUGUGCCAGGCGGUGACAGGGACGAGCGUUCCUCCCAGCCGGGGGGAGAAACAAACAUGGGACCUUUGCAGGCAGGGCGGCAAGGCUGCUAGGAAUCCAAGCAGAAGGUUCUAGAAUUCCAUCCACUGUAGCGCAGGGCUUCCACGUAGACCUGGAUGCCUGUAACAUCUGCCCACAGGUCACCCCCACUGCCAUCCCCACAGGACGCACACAGAAAGACCGCAUGGAUCCCCAAGGCCACACUGCCAGCAUGGACCUGCUCACUGCACCCACGUUAGCAGGCCAGAGUCCCAGCUCUUAGCUCAGUGUCCCUCCCGACCUGUGCUGUCGUAGAACUGUCCCCCACAGACUGGCCAUCUGCGCUUCCAGCUGGGCGGGCGGACGGUGAAGAGACAAGUGUUGAGGACGAGGACAGCCCUCGGGGGAGCCUUGCUGAGGACCCUUUCUGGCCACCCGCUAGCCAGCCCUUGUGGCGCUCGGGUGGCCUGGUACACACAGCGUGGCUUCGCGUGGGGUCUGGAGCAGGGGUGGGCGUGGAGUCCUUUCCCCUCAGUGCCGAGUACGCCAGGACAUGCUCCAGGGCCACAUCCAUGCGGGUCCGUGAUGUCCCUGGAGAGCAGUGGACAGGUCGGCCUGGCUGGGUCAGGCCCCUGUGGGAGCCUCCGGAGUCGGAGGAAUCCUGGAGCAGGGAUGGGGCGCCCAAGAUCCAGAUUCUGGCAUCAGCUGUGCUGCUAAGGGUAGUGUGACCCCGGGCAAGGCCGGUGCCCUUGCCGCCUCAGUUUCCCCAUUAGUGAAGGGGGUCAGCCCAGGUGCCUAGAGGCCACUGGCUUCCUGCAUGCCUGGGUGGUGCUCACAGAGAUGCUUCCUCUGCCAAGCACCACGGACCCACAUGGUGACCUGUCCCUUGUCCCCUCCCUCUGACCUCUCAGAGCCUCCUGGGCUCACCUGCCAAGUGCAGCUUCUCAGAGUUGCCCGGGCAGGAAGGACAAAGUCCUUUCCCCGUCCUACUGUGGCUGGGGAUGUGCCAGUCCGUAGUGUGUCCCUGGAAGUCAGAGACAGGGUAGAGCUGGGCUCCAGGGUAGACUCCUAGGCUUAGGGCUUUUCAGCCAUGUCCAGGUCUGAUUUUUCAAGCCGCCUGCUUCUCCUUUCUCCUGUCUGCUUUGGGCCCCCACCUGUAACUUAUCACCAUCUAUAACGAUACUCAUAAAACUCUCAAAAAAACAAGGGAAAGAAGACAACAGCGCAUCCACCGCCGAGCGCCUCGUGGUGUGCCGGUCAAGCGCUUCCUGUCUGUGGGACCCCUCCCCCGUGUGUGACGUGAUUGCCGUGUCUUUCAGAAGCUCAGCCUUGGGCUGUGGUCCCACCCAGACAGGAAGGCUGCUCACGUGACAGUGACUCACCCGUGUGCAGCGGGCUUUAGUGAGAUCACCCAUGCACAUGUACACGUGUGUACAUACAUGCCGGUGCAUAUACACACAUGCACACAUGUGACUUGGCAGGCAGACCUGGCCUCUCCUGGGCCCGCAGCUUUCAGAGGCAGCAGGGAGGCAGAUAGGGUUUCCCCCAACCAGACAACAUCAGGAAAACCCUGGGGCAAGAACGGGCGUGUCUGCCGAGAGACCCAGCUCCAGGCCCCGAGGCCCCCAGGUCCCAUCAGAAGUCCUCUCUGGUCACUUCAAACAGUGGGACUGUGGUGUGGUCUCACCCUGGUGGCCCCUCGGUCCUUUGUCCUGGCCCGGCUGAGCCCCCUUACAGGGACCGCUGGAGGCUGUGCCCCACGGGAAGACAGGGUGCCCGGAACAGCAGGCUCGGAGAGUUUUCAUUGGCUUGCUUUUCCAGCUCAGCUCACUGCCCCCUCUGGGAGUGAAGAUCCCCCGCUGUGGUGGUUUGGGUUGAGGGGCAAGGACAGGAUAGUGACACUGCACCCCGCCCCCGCUGCCUGGAAAAUCUGGGAUUGGAAGAGCAUCAGGAGCCUCAGGGGUGAGGGGGCUCCAUCUCCCUGUCUGCCUGGUCUCCGUGGGCCACCCGAGUGGACAGAGGGCCGUAGGCAGUGACCUCACCAGGCUAGGGUCAUGCCCUGUACCUUUCAGAAACCAAACCUGCACAUGAAUGAGUCCUUGCCCACCCCACCCGGGAAAGUGACCUUGAAGGUGGCAUCGCCCUCCCUGGCCCCACCCGUUUCCAGCCCAGGACCCAGACAGAGAUGGUGCUAGACAGCCGCUUGUGAGUGAGCAGAUUUGACCAUUCAUCACUCUGUAACCAGAACUCCUAUUUUUACAUCAGAGCCCUGACCCCUUUGCCCUUGACUAACUGAAAUUCAGGCUGCGGGGAGGCCAGCCAGAGUGGGCACCAUGCACAGUGCUGUCACGUGAAUAGAAGAGGACCUCAGGGUCCCCGUAGCAUUGCCCUGAAAGGCCCUACCAAGCAGGAAAGGUCCUACUGCAGCAGCACCCACCCGGAAACCUGGGCUCAGAGCCACAGUCCCAUGGCUACCCUGGCACCCAGCCAGCGCCCCAGGAGGGUCUCUUCUUGGAAUGUGCCUCAGUUUCCCACACUGUCUCUUCCUCCCCUCCCGUUUCCUGUGUCACGGCAACAUCCCCAACCAGUGGGCGCCUGGAUGACGUGCAAUAAGUACACGGGGACACAGGGUGCGGGCUCCGCCACCCGGUCGCCUCCACAGGGCAGGAAAGCUCCCCCCAAAGGUCGUGGUCCUCCCCAGGGCCAGCCGGAUGAGGGCUCGCAGGUCCGGGGGGCAGGGACCUCCCCUCUGUGCUGGAAACCUCAGCUUCAUGUGGCAAGGUGGGGUCUAGGACGGCUGAUAACCGGGAAAACCAAAAAACCAAUACUGUUCCUACUAAUAUCCUCCCCUGUGACAAUGACGUGUUUUACACUGACCGCUGUUACGCUGCUUUUGUCUUUAUAUACAGUAGUUUUUAUAAAGAUGUCCUUAGGUUUUAAUAAAGGAGUGUCACAUCCACUGUU